AUGAAUUCUGUUUCACCUUCUACAUAUCCCUCUGGGAAAACAUCCCCAGCACCAGCUGAAACCCCUAAGACUGAAUACAGUGAAUAUGAAUUCUCCAACGACGUGGCCGUGGUGGGAAUGGCCUGCCGUGUGGCAGGAGGCAACCACAGCCCCGAGCUUCUCUGGCAAUCGCUCCUCAGUCAGAAAAGUGCAGUGAGUGAGAUCCCACCGAUGCGCUGGGAGCCUUACUAUCGCCGGGAUCCACGAAAUGCAAAAGAGCUCAAGAAGACGACAUCGCGUGGUUAUUUCCUGGACCGCCUGGAGGACUUUGACUGUCAGUUCUUCGGCAUCUCCCCUAAAGAGGCCGAGCAGAUGGAUCCCCAACAGCGAGUCUCGCUAGAGGUGGCCUCUGAAGCACUUGAGGAUGCCGGCAUUCCUGCCAAGAGCCUGUCUGGGAGCGACACGGCGGUCUUCUGGGGUGUCAACUCGGACGACUACUCCAAGCUAGUGCUGGAGGAUCUGCCGAAUGUCGAGGCCUGGAUGGGCAUAGGCACCGCAUACUGUGGCGUGCCCAACCGCAUUUCUUACCACCUCAACCUGAUGGGACCCAGCAGCGCCGUGGAUGCGGCCUGUGCUUCGUCCCUCGUCGCCAUCCAUCAUGGUGUUCAGGCCAUCCGGUUGGGGGAAUCAAAGGUGGCUAUUGUUGGAGGCGUCAAUGCCCUCUGUGGACCGGGACUGACCCGCGUCCUCGACAAAGCCGGGGCCAUCUCGUCUGAUGGAUCUUGCAAGUCCUUCGAUGAUGACGCCCAUGGGUACGCUAGAGGUGAAGGCGCCGGCGCCCUCGUCCUCAAAAGUCUACACCGUGCAUUGCUUGACCAUGAUAAUGUCUUGGCCGUUAUCAAGGGCAGUGCAGUAGCCCAGGAUGGGAAGACGAACGGCAUCAUGGCCCCCAAUGCCAAAGCGCAACAGUUAGCAGCGCGGACUGCUCUUACCGUUGCGGGUGUCGAUCCUAGCACCGUGCGAUAUGUGGAAGCUCAUGCCACGUCUACGCCCUUGGGCGACCCAACUGAAAUAUCAGCCAUUGCAGGCGUCUACGGAACUGACCGUCACGCCGACGACCCGUGCUACAUUGGGUCCGUCAAGCCCAAUAUUGGUCACCUGGAGGCUGGUGCAGGAGUUAUGGGCUUUAUAAAAGCAAUCCUGACUAUCCAAAAGGGCAUCCUGCCGCCCCAGGCCAACUUGACAAAGCUCAAUAGCCGAAUUGACUGGGACAAGGCCGGCGUGAAGGUCGUUCAGGAGGCCACCCCGUGGCCCUCCUCAGACCCCAUUCGGCGAGCAGGUGUUUGCUCGUAUGGCUACGGAGGAACCGUUUCUCACGCAGUCAUCGAGGAGUUCAGUCAUGUCCUACAGCCAGAUCCCCUGGAUGAUGGAGCAGUGACUGGACCAGGCCUCUUGUUAUUGUCAGGGCCCCAAGAAAAACGGCUAGCCCUGCAGGCCAAAACGUUGCGCGAGUGGAUGACCGCUGAAGGAAAAGACCAUAAUCUGAGUGAAGUUCUCACGACUUUGGCUACGCGACGAGAUCACCAUGACUACCGAGCAGCGCUUGUAGUUGACGGCCAUCUUGAUGCUACCCAAGUCCUACAAGCAUUGGUCAAUGGAGUCAACCAUCCUUUCACGACUCAGAGCCGUGUGUUGGGCGCAGACAUCAGCAAGGACGUUGUCUGGGUGUUUUCCGGGCACGGUGCGCAGUGGCCAGACAUGGGCAAGCAACUGAUUCACAAUCCUGUAUUCUCCGCAGCCAUCCAGCCACUCGAUGAGCUGAUCCAAGCUGAGAUUGGCCUAUCACCCAUCGAGCUGCUCCGGACAGGCGAUUUUGAGUCGUCUGAUCGGGUUCAAAUCCUGACCUAUCUCAUGCAAAUCGGACUUAGUGCCGUGCUGCAGAGCAAUGGCAUCACUCCACAGGCCGUGAUCGGCCACUCAGUGGGCGAAAUCGCGGCCAGUGUUGUGGCUGGGGCUUUAUCCCCAGCAGAGGGUGCACUUAUCGUGACUCGCAGAGCGUUAUUAUACCGACAGGUCAUGGGCAAGGGCGGUAUGAUUCUUGUCAACCUUCCUAGUGGCGAGGCUGAGAAGAUAUUGGGUCCCCGACAGGACCUGGUUGUGGCCAUCGAUUCAUCGCCUUCUUCCUGCGUGGUGGCUGGAGACAAGGAGAUAGUGGCUGAGACAGCAGAAGCCUUCAAGGCACGCGGCGUUAAGACAUUCACCGUUAAGAGCGACAUUGCCUUCCAUAGUCCAACCCUGAAUGGCCUCAUAGAUCCUCUGCGAGAUGCGCUCGGACAGGCUUUGGCCCCCACGAGUCCCACCAUCAAGCUGUAUUCCACCGCACUGGUCGACCCUCGCGGCCAGGACCUGCGCGACGUGGAAUACUGGACCGGCAACAUGGUCAACCGCGUGCGUCUCACCCGGGCCGUCCAGGCGGCCGUUGAGGACGGAUAUCGCCUCUUCCUAGAAGUCUCAACCCAUCCAGUGGUGUCUCACUCCAUCAAUGAGACGCUAAUGGACGCAGGCAUGGAGGAUUUUGCGGUCAUUCCGACUCUCCUUCGCCAAAAGCCGAUCGAGAAGCAUAUCCUGCACAGCAUCGCACAGCUUCACUGUCGCGGCGCGGAAGUGAACUGGGCGGCGCAGAUGCCUGGACGCUGGGCCACCGGACUGCCUACGACAACCUGGAUGCAUAAGCCCAUCUGGCGCAAGGUAGAGACGGCGCCCCUCAAUACUGGCCUCACGCAUGAUGUCGAGAAGCACACGCUUCUAGGACAGCGUAUUGCAGUGCCUGGAACCGACACAUUCGUCUACACUACCCGGCUGGACAACGAAACGAAGCCCUUCCCCGGCAGCCAUCCCCUGCACGGCACCGAGAUCGUGCCAGCAGCGGGUCUUAUUAAUACCUUCUUGAAGGGCACCGGUGCCCAGAUGCUCCAGAACGUGGUGCUCCGCGUUCCUGUCGCCAUCAAUGCGCCACGGUCCGUCCAGGUCGUGGUGCAACAGGAUCAGGUCAAGGUCGUUUCCCGCCUGAUUCCGAGCGAGCCUUCGCUGUCGGAUGACGAUGCCUCCUGGGUCACUCACACCACUGCAUAUUGGAACCGGAAGGUUCUGAGUCCAGUAGAUCGCAUCGACCUCGCCGCCGUCAAAGCGCGACUGGUCACCAAACUUCCAGACAACUUUUCAAUUGACUACUUGGACAAGGUAGGUGUCUCAGCCAUGGGAUUCCCCUGGGCGGUAACAGAGCACUACCGCAAUACCAAGGAGAUGCUGGCGCGCGUUGAUGUCAAUCCCGCAGUCCUCGGGGAUUCGUCCCUGCCCUGGGAUUCUUCCUCCUGGGCUCCAAUUCUCGAUGCUGCCACCUCCGUCGGCUCUACUGUCUUCCAAACAGCUGCACUGCGGAUGCCGGCCCAGAUCGAGCGUGUGGAGAUAUUCACCUUGGAGGAUCCGCCUAAGAUCAGCUGGCUCUUCGUCGAGGAGGCCUCCGACGCAGUGCCCACCUCUCACGUUAGCGUGCUGAGUGAUACGGGUGAGGUCCUCGCAAAGUUCACGGCCAUGCGUUUCUCUGAGAUUGAAGGAACCCCCGGCGUAAGUGGCAGCAUGGAGAGUCUCGUGCAUCAAAUCGCCUGGCCACCGGCCACCCCGGCCGAAGAGCCUUUGCCCAUCACGACGGUGAUUAUGGUCUCGCCCGAUGCUGCCACCUUGGCCAACUAUGCCGCGAGUCUGCCGACCCAGAUUCAAUCCUUCCAGUUCUCCAGCACAGAGGACUUCUUCAGCAACGCUCCAUCCCUCCCACUCGAGAAGGGAACCGUCGUGGCCUACAUCCCCGGCGAGGUCGCCUCGCUGGCAGAGAUUCCCGCUGCAUCCGAGUCGUUCACUUGGAACCUGCUCGAACUGAUCAAAUUCAUUGUCAAUGGCUCACUGCCCAUCAAAGUCUUCACACUCACUGCGAACGUGGGCGAUGGUCAAACUGCCACUGCCCUGGCCCAAUCCCCGUUGUUUGGACUGGCGCGGAUCAUCGCUAGUGAGCACCCCGAUCUGGGAUCCCUCAUCGACAUUGAAGAGCCCAUAAUCCCCCUCUCCACGAUGAGAUACAUCCACGGCGCCGACAUCAUCCGAAUUAGCGACGGAAUCGCCCGCACCUCGCGGUUCCGCAGCCUACCGCGCAGCAAGCUGCGCCCUGUCAGCGACGGUCCUCGCCUGCUUCCUCGCGCCGAGGGCACGUAUCUCAUCACUGGUGGUCUCGGAAUACUCGGACUCGAGGUGGCCGACUUCCUGGUCGAGAAAGGAGCCAGACGUCUACUGCUCAUCUCGCGACGUGCUCUUCCGCCUCGCCGCAGUUGGGACCAGGUCAGCACGGAUCUCCAGCCUACCAUUGCCAAGAUCCGCCUCCUGGAGAGUCGCGGUGCCUCCGUCCAUGUCCUCCCCCUAGACAUCACCAAGUCGGAUGCAGUGGAGCAGCUGUCAACGGCCCUAGACCGCCUCGCCCUCCCUGCAGUCCAGGGUAUCGUCCAUGCCGCCGGUGUCCUAGAUAACGAGCUGGUAAUGCAAACCACACGCGAUGCCUUCAACCGGGUUCUCGCGCCCAAAAUUGCGGGCGCACUAGCCUUGCAUGAAGUCUUCCCCCCGAAGAGUGUUGAUUUCUUCAUCAUGUUUUCCUCUUGCGGAAACCUAGUCGGGUUUACUGGCCAAGCCUCUUACGGCAGCGGCAACGCCUUCUUGGAUACACUGGCCACGCACCGGGCGCGCCUGGGCGACUCGGUCGUGUCCUUCCAGUGGACGUCGUGGCGGGGCCUAGGUAUGGGCGCCAGCACGGACUUCAUUAACGCGGAGUUGGAAUCCAAGGGGAUCACAGAUAUCACGCGCGAUGAGGCUUUUUCUGCCUGGCAGCAUCUCGCCAAGUAUGAUAUGGACCACGGAGUUGUCUUGCGAAGUCGUGCCUUUGAGGACGGGGAGCCGGUGCCGGUGUCUAUCCUCAAUGAUAUUGCGGUGCGUCGUGUGGGCGCACUGUCUGGUAACGCGCCGGUUGUUGCAAGUUCCAAUGGCAGUGAUGCGGUGCCUUCAUCAGGACCGGAGCUCAAGACGUACCUGGAUGAGAAGAUCCGGGGCUGCGUGGCCAAGGUGUUGCAGAUGACAGCUGAGGAUGUGGAUUCGAAGGCAGCCCUCGCUGAUCUAGGUGUAGACUCGGUCAUGACGGUCACUUUGCGUCGCCAGCUGCAGCAGACGCUCAAGGUUGCGGUGCCUCCGACUUUGACGUGGAGUCACCCAACUGUCAGUCAUCUAGUGGUGUGGUUUGCGGAGAAGAUUGGAAAUUAG